CUACGCUCUAUCGACGGAAAACACCCCGGCCCACGAUCGUUUCAAUCACCCUACUUCCCGUCGCGUUGUGCGUUUGAACCAAACUACCUCCACCCUGUCGGGAUCGCAAGGGUGACGAGAUGGGAGGCUUCGGUGACUUCACCGACAUCUGCCAUACGGCGCCUUUGCCGCUAUGUGCUUCUGUCGGCCCCGUGACGUCCCUCUCCAGCGGUGUUGGCAUCGAGACGGACUGCUUCGCGCGAAAUAUCGAACUUGCGAAUACCAUUAUAUUCCAGGGCGCGUCCAGCUUCCUGCAUAUCAUCGCCUUGGCCAUGACGGUUGUCAUGAUCUUGCACAUACGGGGCAAGUUCACAGCUGUCGGUCGCAAAGAGAUUCUUACAUUCUUCUACCUCUUUCUAACCCUAACAGUACUGUCACUCAUCAUUGACGCCGGUGUUGUUCCUGUGGGCUCUGAGCCGUAUCCUUACUUCGUCGCCAUACAAACAGGAUUUUCAUCAGCUCUGAUUACCUGCCUCCUCAUCAACGGAUUUGUCGGCUUUCAACUGUACGAAGAUGGCACGCCCUUAUCACUUUGGAUGCUUCGACUCUGCUCGUUUGCCGCCUGGCUUAUCUCGUUCUUUGUUUCGUUGGCCACCUUCAAAGGCUGGGCCGGACUUGGACCAACCAACACUGUAGGCCUAUUUGCAGUGGUCUAUCUAUUAAAUGGCGUCCAGCUUGUCAUCUAUGUUGCUCUACAGGUUCUGCUUGUGGUUCGAACUUUGGAGGAUCAAUGGCCCCUUGGACACAUUGCUUUCGGUGUCUUCUUUUUUGUCGUCGGACAAGUCCUGCUCUAUGCCGUUAGCACAACCAUCUGUAACAACACGAGUCACUACAUUGACGGUCUGCUUUUCGCUACUGUCGGCAAUCUACUUGCAGUCAUGAUGAUCUACAAGUACUGGGAUUCUAUCACUAAAGAGGAUCUUGAGUUCUCCGUUGGAACGCGGAUGAACAACUGGGAAGUCAAGGAGCUGCUCCCAGAGGAAGAUCGACGCACUACUGUAUACGUCGAUGAUCCAUAUGCCCACUCAAGUUCUUAUGAUCACUCAUACUCCCCCAACCGAGGAUCCCGCUACUAGAAAUACCGGCUGCGGCGACUAUCUGGAACUAAAGAAGGUGACAUGGUCUGAUCGAACUGUGAAGACGAUACGAAGUAUUUGAAUGCAUUCGCAAGGCGUUUUUGGAAUAGGUUUAUGGGAAGAAUACUCAUUUUGGUGAGGAAACAGGGGUAUACUUAAUAUUCUUAACUGCAACCCUGUAUCAGCUGCUGGCAUGGUCGGAUUUAUGCACUGGACUGGGCACAAUGGCACUUGAAAUCAAUAGCGGUAGUAAUAACAUUGUAUAUAGCUUCACAUGCUACGGCAUUUUAGAGCUAGGAGCGAAUUAUGUCUUAAUCUUGCUUUGCAUCAAGAAAUUGCCCAGUCGUGGGAAACAGCAUUCUAGACUAGCUACUAAAUCAUCAUGCUACUAAUUUUUCAAAUUGAAAGAUGCCGAAAUUCGGCCAGCACGACUUGGUGUCAACCUGCAAGCUGCGAAACAGCUUUCUUAGCCUCCAUAUCCCACAAAGUAAGACCAUGAAACU